AUGGCGCAUGUAAGGGUGCAGCUAAAGCUGCUUCUGGUGGCGCUUUUGCAGGUAUCGAUCUGCGAGGCCUCCAAGCCUAUUACAAGCGCGGUAGAGCGCGCCCGCCAAAACCUCACGGCUUUUCAGCGGCAGUGGAUCGACCCAGACACGGACCCCACAUAUUACAACAUAUCAGUACCUAAGGGUCCAUUUAAUUUUGGUGGCAAUUCCAGCUACAAUAAUGAGUAUACGCUUAUCUUCUCGGACGAAUUUAACAGCUCCAAACGCACGUUCGAAGCUGGAUUUGACGCAAAGUGGACGGCCGUCAACAUUCGAGACACCACAAAUAUGGGUCAGCACUACUUUUUGCCACAAGCCGUGCAAGUUGACAAGGGAAACUUAAUCAUUACUACUUCCAAGCCCAAAAAUCGCUAUCUUGGUACUAAGUACGUUAGUGGCAGCAUCCAGACGUGGAACAAGUUCUGCUACACUGGCGGAUACGUCGAAGUCAAGGCCAUUUUGCCAGGCAAGUGGGGAAUUCCAGGCACAUGGCCUGCCAUUUGGAUCAUGGGCAAUAUCGGCCGUGCACCGUUCCUCGGAUCUCAGGACGGCACGUGGCCGUGGAGCUUCGAUGUUUGUGCCCCAUAUGUGGAAAAGGUGGAAAAGGUCAAACAGAAGAUCAAUGCUUGUGGCAAUCUGACAGAUAAGCAUAAUAGGAAAUCGUAUCCUGAAAUGUACGGUUUGAAUCCAUUUCAAGGGCGUGGAGCCACUGAAAUUGAUGUGAUUGAAGCACAAAUUCGGGCGCGUGAUGAGCCAGCAUAUAUCUCCACUUCUCUGCAGAUUCGUCCCAGUCUGUACGAUGAUAUGCGUCCAGCUUCUGAGACACUUCCUGGACCCGGACAAUGGUACCAAGGUCUCAAAUUUGGCGAGUAUACGCGCAUUAACAGCGACUACUAUGGUGAGAUGGGGCUAGACUCAAUUUCGGCUUUGACGAGGCUUGAAACCAAUGCUUUCAAGUCGUACCACUUAUACCGAUUAGACUGGUCGCCUGGUCCAGAGGGGUACAUUAGGUGGUGGAUGGAUAACAACUUUUUGUUUGAAAUUCCUGGUUCCGCUUUAAACAAAUGGGUUGGUGAAGUCCCUCCUCGUCAGAUUCCGGUAGAGCCAAGUUACCUCAUUUUAAGUACGGCAGUCUCGGAAAAAUUCUCACCGCCUUGCGAAGGUCAGAUCUGUAACUCACUUUGGCCCUCCAACUUCACGAUUGACUACGUACGUGUCUAUCAGGGCAAUCCAAACCGGUAUACGUCAGUUGGCUGUGAUCCAGUGGCUUAUCCGACGUCAGAGUGGAUUCACGCUCACCCUGUCGAAUAUGGUCUACCUUGGUAUGUCUCACUGCGUGUGGACCGCAAUCUCCUGCAAUUGUUUGCUCUAAUAAACGCUUUAAUAGGUCUUUUCAUGGCGUUUCGUGGUACGUCUCACCCAAAAAUGAUGUCGGUGUAUGCCAGCACGCUCUGGAUCACUGCUUCCGCCUAUGGAGCACUUAGUACAAGCGUUCCCGAAAGCCUUGUUUGGAUUCAAACUGCGCUUGCGUGCCUGUGUGGCUUGGUACUUGGCGGUCUCUGCUGUCUGAUCUAUCCUGUGUCCUUAGGGGCAAUGCUUGGUCUUUACGGGGGUGUGAUGAUCGGUCAAUUUGUGCCAUUGCUGUCGACGCGAGUAAUCACUGCUGUGCUGGUCUGCGUGGGUAUUGUGCUGGGCAGUGCCCCGCAAAUCAAUGUCAAGCAUGUUGUCAUCUUGUCCACAUGUUGUCUCGGUAGUCUGGCGUUUCUGAUGUCAGUGUCACUUUGGGUUAGUGAAGGCGACAUUGCUGAGAAUGCAUGGGAACUCGCAGGCUUCAUCUUUAGUGGUCACAAAGACGGCCACGUUGGUUUCUGCUCUCAACAUUGCAUAGCGAUGUAUGUUUUGCUAGCCGUGCUCAGUGCAGUUAGUACUGCAAACGGAUACCUCCGUAUGCGUGGUAUAACGCUGCAUAAUGACAUGAUUAGUGCACGCAAGGCCAAGUUUUCUCCCGUUUCUGCCAGUUCGGACGCACGAUCGUGGAAGCCUAAUGAUGAUGACGUGUUGGGAAUGGAAAAAGAUAAAAUUAACUUUUUCUCGCCAUCUAAGUUGUCUCACAAUAUGCAGCAGUUUAGCACCAUAUUUCGCAUUGCAAUGAACGUCCAGCGCUCUUUUGGCUUUCAACUCGACAACUUUCGCAAUCAGACGGAACAUAUUGUAGUGCUACUAACGAACAAUACGCGAAACGGUGGCAACUCGUAUCGUAAGCUGCAUGAUCUGGUGUUCUCCAACUACAGCAAUUGGUGUUCAAAACUAGGGAUCCAGCCUCUGCACUGGACCGAUCAACGUGCACCGCAGGGUGGUCUCACGAGUGUCGACGAGAUCUCAGUGGACUUGUGUCUCUUUUUUUUUAUCUGGGGUGAGGCUAGUAACUUACGUCACUCACCUGAGUUCCUCUGUUUUCUUUACCACAAAAUGAAAGAAGAAUUUCCCUCUGUCCGUCACUCAGAACGCGAGCCUGGAUAUUUCUUGGACACGGUUGUGACGCCAGUCUACGGCUUAUUAAAGGGUGAAAUGACUUCACUUUUCGACCACGAAGAUCGCCAUAAUUACGAUGACUUUAAUGAGUUUUUCUGGACAUCAUCAUGUUUGAAAUACGACUAUAAGCACGAGGAGGUCAUUGAUAUGACGUCGCCCAGUCCAGCUAUGAUUUACAAGCAGAAAAAAUCGAAACAACAAGGUUUGACGAGCCAAGGAACUUUAAAUGACAGAGGUGGUAUAUCUAGUGGCCCAAACUUUUUAAACAAGCGCAGAAGCAUUGCUGAAGGAUUCACUGUGACGGCAAAGACGUUCGUGGAGAAGCGGACGUGGCUGCUGCCGCUUCGGGCCUUUAAUCGAAUCUUCAACUUUCACGUGAUUUCGUUCCACUUUUUGGUAGUGCUUGCGUUCGCAAGCAAGCUAGAGAUGAAUUUUCAAGACUCGUGUAAGAUCGUUUCGAGUACGUUAAUUACCCCGUUUCUAUUAGACAUUUUACUUGAUGGACUGGACAUUUUUGCUGUAUACGAUGUCCAUCAGAAAAUAUUUUCAAUGGCACGUAAUGCUACGCGUGUGGUUUUGCACCUUGUACUCGUGGUCGUGACGUCGAUACUAUACUGGCGCGCUUGGGCUUAUGGUGGCCUAUGGUGGAAAUUUUAUUACGUCACGGCAGUGUUCUUUCACGUACCUGGCCUUAUAAAUUGUGUCAUGCAAGUGAUGCCUGGUCUUACUAAUUGGACACGACGCACAAAGUCGUUCCCUGUCGCGUUCGUCCGCGACAUUCUUAGUCCCAUGAACCGCCUGUACGUUGGUGACAAUGUCCUGGACCCAGAAUCGAUGAGUGUGAAGUACCAAAUCUUCUGGUCAUCUCAGCUGGCUUGGAAGAUGUACUUCAGCUAUAAGUUUGAAAUCUAUCCGCUUGUGGUACCCAGCUUCUUGCUGUAUGCUGAUCAUGUGGAGAACAAUGUGAGCAUGAUCACAACAGUGUUUCUGAUAUUUUUAAACUGGAUGCCCUUCUUUUUAGUGUACUGCGUUGAUAUCACCAUCUGGAAUUCGAUUUGGAUGGCAUUCACGGGAACUUUCGUUGGAUUUUCGUCCCACAUUGGCGAAAUUCGCAACUUUAGCCGUGUUCGUCUGGCGUUUAGUCGGGCUGUAGAUGCGUUUAAUGCUAAAGUGAUCGCAAGAAGCUCCAAAACUGGUCGACAGCUUUCAGAAAGCAGUGGCAUAUCGUACGGCUCGAUUGUUGGUCACGAAGUCCUUGACCGUGUGUCGGGAAGCGCUGACGCGACAUCUCACUUUUUAUCCCAGCGUCGCACAUCCGCGCACGAUGAUGAGACUCCUUUGCUGUCUUUCUCACGGCGCAAACAGACACCUUCGGAACGUCAAGCCGCACGUCGUCGCAAAUGGUUCUCAUUCUCGGUGGCGUGGGACACUAUCAUCGACAGCAUGCGCGCUGAUGAUUUGAUUUCAAACAAAGAGAAGUCUCUGCUUCACUUUCAUCGUCUUGAUGGUUACCAGCGCGAAAUUUACUUGCCUCAGUUCCAACUUGCUGGCUGUUUUGAAAAGUUCACGUCAAAUAUUCUUGACAUUUACUCUUCGGACAACGGCACGGUCUCUGAGCGUGUCCUGCAAGACAAAUUGCUGGAGAUCCUUACUGACAACCCGAUGGUAGAGGAGUCGCUUGAAGAGAUCUGGGAACUUGCAAACUGGGUACUUAUCAAUAUUCUUGGCCCUUGCCAUGCAAAUGAUGUCAAGUAUAUCUCCAGCGUCUUUAACUCAUGGGCGGCGCGUGGUGUAUUCCGUGCGCUCAACUUGCAAAAGGUGGCUACGUGUGGUCGCGCCUUGGCGGACUUGGUAGCUCUUUUGAAAUCAAAUGUCUACAUUUGGAAAAACAACGCCAAGGUGAUCCCUGUGCGCAAGAGUCCGUCUGACUACGCAUCGUACGAAUUUCCGCACGAAUCAAGCUCGUAUCGGCCCUCUUCAUCGAGACUUACAAAGUCUGCGAGUACCACAGGUCUGUCAUCGUUAGGUCUCGAGCCUCCACGUCGUAGUCGCGGCUCUGGUGUUGCACGGAUUGCACGUAUGCAACAGCAGACACACAAACCUGCUGUGAACACUAACAAGGCGACUCAUACAAUCCCUAGCUCCCAUAUCAUGCAGAUUCGUGAGCGCAUUCGAACGUUUCUAAAUUCAGGUAAGGAGAUGUUGGCUCACAUUCAAGAGCAAGAUCCCGUUCACGCCGAAAGCAAAAGCAUUUCGGAUCGUUUAACGUGGAUUUUAACACAAGAGCGUGGUUUUAUGUGGGACGAUAGCUACACAAGUGAGCAAAUCACGCUGACCGCCUUUGAAAGACACACCGAAGUAGUGCUGAAUCACCUACACGGACUUUUGACUCUGCAAAAGAUUGACGCUGAGCCUCAGUCGUAUGAUGCCCGCCGCCGAUUAUUGUUUUUCGUUAACUCGCUUUUCAUGGACAUGCCGUUGGCGCCGCUUCUUGAAGAAAUGAAGUCAUGGAGCGUCAUGACUCCUUUUUAUGCCGAAGACGUGGUGUACUCCAGAAAAGAUUUAGAAAGCAAACAGGAUGGCCUAGACGUGCACACGCUGUUAUUCUUGCAAACACUGUACAAGCGAGACUGGGAAAACUUUCUGGAGCGCGUGAAACCUAAGAAGAACAUCUGGAAAGACCCUGACACGGCGAUCGAGCUGCGUAUGUGGGCUUCACUGCGUGGGCAAACAUUGUCACGCACAGUGCAGGGUAUGAUGUACGGAGAAGCUGCCCUUCGUUUGCUUGCAGAUAUUGAACAAAUUCCUCAAGAAAAUCUUGAGGAGUUAAUCAACACAAAGUUCACGUACGUCGUAGCGUGCCAAAUCUAUGGACGGCAGAAAAAAAACAAUGACCCGAAGGCAAGCGAUAUCGAAUUUUUGCUUCACCGGUUUCCAAAUUUGCGCGUGGCAUACAUCGAUGAAGUACGUGUGAACUAUCAGAAAGAACAAUCAUACUUUUCGGUCCUCAUCAAGGGCGGUGAAGAACUCGGCUCGGUGCACGAAAUCUAUCGUGUGCGUUUACCUGGCAACCCUAUUUUGGGCGAGGGUAAACCAGAGAAUCAAAACGCAGCCAUCGUGUUUACUCGCGGUGAAAAUCUCCAGACUAUUGACAUGAAUCAAGAUGGGUAUCUUGAAGAGGGACUAAAAGUACGAAAUCUUUUGGAGGAAUUCGACAAAGGCACGACUGACCGGCCAUAUACAAUUGUAGGCAUCCCAGAGCACAUUUUCACGGGAAGUGUCAGCUCACUGGCAAACUAUAUGGCGUUACAGGAGACAUCCUUUGUGACGCUGAGUCAGCGUACGUUGGCACGCCCUUUGCGUAUGCGUCUACACUACGGUCAUCCCGAUGUUUUUAACAAACUUUGGUUCAUAACGCGUGGCGGUAUAAGCAAGGCCAGCAAAGGCAUUAAUCUCAGUGAAGAUAUAUUUGCUGGUUACAACAACUGCAUGCGUGGCGGAUCUGUGAUCUUCCCUGAGUACACAAAGUGUGGCAAAGGACGUGAUGUAGGGAUGCAGCAGAUCUAUAAAUUCGAGGCCAAGUUAGCGCAGGGUGCUGCGGAACAAUCUCUAUCACGUGACGUGUAUCGCAUCAGCCAACGCCUAGACUUCUUAAAGUUACUUUCAUUCUACUACAAUCACGUGGGCUUCUAUAUGUCAAUGUCAGUCAUUAUCUGGACGGUGUAUGUGCUGCUGUAUUGUAACCUGUUUCGUGCGUUGCUGUCAUUGGAAGGUGCUGGUGGGCGUGACCUAGUGUUGCUGAGCAAAUUACAGAUGAUGCUCGGAUCUGUUGCCUUCUUCACAACUGCUCCGUUGCUGGCAACGAUUUCUGUUGAGCGUGGAUUUAAGGCUGCAUUAAACGAGAUUAUCGUUCUCAUCGUGACAGGUGGCCCAUUAUACUUCCUUUUCCACAUUGGCACGAAAUGGUUUUACUUCGGACAGACAAUUUUGGCUGGGGGCGCAAAAUAUCGUGCGACGGGUCGUGGUUUUGUCACGAAGCAUUCUUCUUUCGACGAACUUUAUCGUUUUUAUGCGAGCAGCCACUUGUAUGCUGCUGUAGAGGUCGCUGUUGGUCUAACUCUUUAUUACAAGUUUACGAUCGGAUUUCAGUACUUUGCUAUGACGUGGUCGCUCUGGCUGGUCUUUAUUUCUUGGUACUGGUCCCCCUUCUGGUUCAACCCGCUAGCGUUCGAGUGGUCUGACGUGGUGGAGGACUUUCGUUUAUGGUUCAAAUGGAUGCGUGGUGAUGGUGGCAAUCCGGAACAGUCUUGGGCGGCUUGGUUCAAGGAAGAAAAUGCGUACUUUUUGACACUCAGGCCGUGGUCGAAGGCAUGCAUAACGAUCAAGGGAACUUUGUACGCCUUCAUUGCUCUCUCGAUGGCAUCGACGGGUGAUGAAUAUCAUUCAGUCCUGACGGAGUCGACUUGGCUUCCGUUGGUCAUUUGCUGCUCUAUAGCCGCUGUGUACCUCAGCGCAGAAGCAGUCUUUUUUUCCUCUUCACGUCAUGGCGAGAACGGACUCGUUCGCUUUUUAAAACUAAUUUUGGCGCUAGUGCUGAGCUCUGGCCUUAUUGUUGCUUUCAUUUACGUAGAUGGCAUGUGGCAGACCGUGCUAAGCAUGGGCUACCUCGCUGCUGCUGUGGGCUGCUGGGCUUUACUUGUGCUGGGUAGCAAUUCGCGAUUUGUCGGCAUACUUUACUUUGUACAUGACGCCGUGCUGGGGCUGGUGUCGCUAAGCCUAAUCCUAAUACUUGCGGCCAUGUACGUUCCUGGCAAAAUCCAGACGUGGCUGCUUUACAACAAUGCCUUGAGCCGUGGUGUGGUAAUUGAGGAUAUUCUGCGAGCUAAUUCGAGUAACGACGACCGCGAUGACGAUCUAUCGGUUCAGCAGAUGCGCUCGAUCAUUAUCGAGCAGCAACGAUUUAUAAACGCUCUGACGGCUAGCAGCAGUGAGACGGAUAUGCACACCCCUGGAAAGGAAGAAGAUCUCAUGCACGCUAUGAGUGAUAACACGCUUAGCGCAGUGCUAAGAAAUAUGUCAGAGUCCGAACUUGGUGCGCUGCAAAACACGUCUAGUCGCCUUCAGGCCAUCAUGUCCGAGGAGGAGCGAAAGGUAGCGCAACGGCAACGGCAGCAGGAGCAGCGACUCGCCGCAGAGAUUAACCCUUCUUUGUCUCACACUCGCCGUGCCUUAUCAACAAGCGAUUUCUCGGCGAUCGCACCGAAUGCGAACCCACUAAAUUUCAGAAAGCCAGACGCACCAAGCAACGGAACCACCAACUGA